ACAAUUAGUCUACUCUCACUACUUUAAACUUUAAAAAUCUAUAAUUAGCGAACCCUCCUUUUUCGCAUAUUAUCGGGGUCAAUAUAUAAUUAACAAUCUCAAACCGGGCCUACCCGUUCGUGUAAUGCUACAAAAUAUGGCCCAUAGGCCCAACAAUCAAAUCAAGCCCAUUAAAAAACAACCCACGCUCGCCGAAAACUGUAACACUCACAAGUAGGUGAUAUAACUCCGGCACAAACCAAUCAUAAACCAAAAUCCACAUGACAACUCUUCAGCUGUGACUAAAGACUUCGUCCCCCGACACUCGUUACUCAAUAAUUGCCCUCAGAGAAAAAGAAAGAAAGAAAAACCCAUAAAACAAAUAAAUAAAUGAAAAAGGUCUUCAUUAAUCUAUUUAAAGAGUGGAAGUAAAGAAGCUAAAGAAACUGAUCAGAGAAGAAGAUAAAAAUGGCGGCAGAGAAAAUAGAGACAGUGGUCGCAGGGAAUUACUUGGAAAUGGAGAGAGAAGAAGAAAACAUAAGUGGUAACAAUAAAUCUUCAGCUAAAACAAAACUUUCCAACUUCUUCUGGCAUGGAGGUUCUGUCUACGAUGCUUGGUUUAGUUGUGCUUCAAAUCAGGUGGCACAAGUUCUGUUGACAUUACCGUACUCGUUCUCACAACUUGGGAUGGUGUCGGGAAUUUUGUUUCAACUCUUUUAUGGACUAAUGGGAAGUUGGACUGCUUAUCUCAUUAGUGUUCUUUAUGUUGAAUAUCGAACUCGUAAAGAACGAGAAAAAUUCGAUUUCCGUAAUCACGUUAUUCAGUGGUUUGAGGUGUUAGAUGGAUUGUUGGGGAAACAUUGGAGGAACCUUGGAUUGAUCUUUAACUGCACUUUUCUUCUCUUUGGAUCCGUUAUUCAGCUCAUUGCUUGUGCUAGCAAUAUAUAUUAUAUUAAUGACAAAUUGGACAAGAGGACAUGGACAUACAUAUUUGGGGCGUGUUGUGCAACAACUGUUUUUAUUCCUUCCUUCCACAAUUAUAGAAUUUGGUCAUUCCUCGGACUCGCUAUGACCACUUACACUUCUUGGUAUCUCACCAUUGCUUCACUCCUUCAUGGCCAGGCUGAGGAUGUGAAACACUCGGGUCCAACCACAAUGGUGCUUUACUUCACCGGAGCCACCAACAUUCUCUACACAUUCGGUGGUCACGCCGUCACAGUGGAGAUAAUGCACGCGAUGUGGAAACCACCAAAGUUCAAGGCGAUAUAUCUACUAGCGACCAUAUAUGUACUAACGCUAACGCUACCAUCCGCGUCUGCGGUUUAUUGGGCGUUUGGCGAUCAGCUACUAACUCAUUCCAAUGCGCUCUCUCUUCUCCCUAAGUCCGGUUUUAGAGAUACCGCAGUGAUCCUCAUGCUCAUUCAUCAGUUUAUAACAUUCGGAUUCGCAUCUACACCGUUAUAUUUUGUGUGGGAAAAAUUGAUAGGUGUGCAUGAGACGAAGAGCAUGUUCAAAAGAGCCAUGGCUAGAUUACCCGUGGUUGUACCCAUAUGGUUCUUAGCCAUUAUCUUCCCCUUUUUCGGACCAAUCAAUUCCGCCGUCGGAUCUCUCUUAGUUAGCUUCACUGUAUACAUCAUCCCCGCAUUGGCUCAUAUGCUUACCUUUGCUCCUGCUCCUUCAAGAGAGAACGCGGUGGAGAGACCACCGCGAGUGGUGGGAGGAUGGAUGGGGACUUAUUGCAUAAACAUAUUUGUGGUGGUUUGGGUAUUCGUAGUUGGGUUCGGGUUCGGAGGAUGGGCAAGUAUGGUCAACUUUGUUCGCCAGAUCGACACUUUUGGUCUCUUUACUAAAUGCUACCAAUGCCCUCCUCACAAGCCAUGAUAUACAAAUUCGCCAUUCAAGACCUUCUAGAAAGAGAGUUUCAUCUGAGUGGGUUUUGUUUUCGAAAUCUAAUACAUAUAAGUUAUUAUAUCCAUUUUUUAGUAUUUAUUAAAAAUCACAUCUCUUUGUAAUUGUUUGACGACAAUAAUCUUGUACUUCGUUUUUUUUUUUUUUAAUUUGUUAUGUUGAGUUGUUUUUGGUAAAUUGGGUUUUUUUUUUUGUUCCUUAGUUAAGGUGUGAUGGCUAUCUUAGGCCAACCCUAUUAUUAAUCUAUAGCUCAUGUAAUUUUCAUGUGUGUGUUGUGUGUAAUGAUCUCGUUAUUUUCUUUAUACUGAGAUUAAUUUCAUCGUCUUUUGAUGAGCA